AGGCAACAUCCACCACCACCACCACUCUCGAUCAGAACUUCGAUGCUCUAGCAUUAGCAAUCAAGAUCUCAAAAGAGAAAAAAAGAGAAUCCAUCAAGAAAACAGACAGCAUGGCGAUGAUGGCCAGUGGAGCGCAGAGCUCUGCGUACGGCGCACUCCGGGAGGACGACGAGUCGAUUCUGGACGACGACCUGAUUGAUGCAGAUGAUGCCAUCGAAGCGGACGAUCCCUUACACGAGCCAUCCGACACGGCGCCACUACGAGGCAACAUCCAAGGACCGUUACGAGGCAGCGGCAGCGGCAGCGGCAGCGGCAGUAACAACGAUCGCGGCGAUUUCUCAGCGAAUUACCUUACCUCUUCGAUUCCCGGGGAGGACCGGCGCGCGACGCAGAACACCAUCGACGAGACGGUAUGGGAGACGGUGUCGCGCGACCUGCUGGCUGUGUGGGAGAAGCUGCGCCAGGUCCUGUGGCCCAAGUAUCUGAUGGGUGGGAUGUUGCAGCGCGGCGGCGGAGGGAUUGGGGGUGCGGCGGAACGCGGCGAGGUCACCACGGGGGCUGGGCGUGGUCUGCGUGGUCUUGUCGGUCGUUGGCCUGACGCAGAUGUUGUUUUACAGGGGGGGAUGAGCGAGGGGCUUCGUGACUGGGAUCUCUGGGGCCCUCUCAUUUUCUGUCUCCUGCUGAGCUUGUUCCUCUCGAUGCGGGCAAAGGGAGAACAAGUCUCGCUGGUCUUCUCGGGCGUGUUUUCCCUCGUGUGGAUCGGAGAAGCGGUGGUCACCUUGCAGAUCAAGCUGCUGGGCGGGAAUAUUUCUUUCUUCCAGUCCGUCUGCAUCAUCGGCUACACCAUCUUCCCUCUCGUCAUCGCCGCCCUUCUCAGCGCGCUGGGUCUCCCCGUCAUCGCUCGCAUCCCCGUUGAUAUCGUGCUCGUGGCAUGGUCGCUGGCCGCGGGCGUCAGCAUCCUCGGCGGCUCCGGCGUGCUCAAGAACCGGGUGGGCAUUGCGGUGUACCCAUUGUUCGUCUUCUAUGUGGCAAUCGGGUGCCUCUGUUUCAUCAGUUGAAUAUACCUGGGCUUGCGCGACGGGUGUUUUGUGUCAUUCUUUCCGGGAAUCAUGCCAGAGCCCUGGAUCCCAACCAAGUAGCUUUCUAUGCCAAAACUUGCCAGUUCUGUAGAUUUCCUAGCCUUUACAAUCAUCCGAUUUAUCGCUUUCCUUCGCACUGCAAUCCAAUUCAAUCCAAUUCAAUCGUAGAGCCUUGCCUGCCCAACGAACCCCGGGCGGGCUUUCGCUGUUGGCGGCGGGGUGGAGCGAGCGGUGACCGGGCGACAGUAGCAAGUCCGGCACGAACAACACAGCAGAGCCAGCCCAGCCCGGCGCCUGCAUCGUUUGAAGCCUUGCUCCCUCUUCGCUUAGGGAAUU